UAGUUCUCAUCCAGUUUCAUAUGAGAAAAUGUCUCGGUGCAGUGACUAUUCCUUUCUCCUAGUGUGUGUGGUGGGAUCGCAGCCUUUCCUCGGGUUCAUGGUGCAGGCGCAUGAUGCAGACAGCGGGCAAGCCGUGGGGUCCUGGCAGGUAACCCCAAGUACCCCAGCCACCACUAUGACCUGCAACAACCCGAACAACACUGUGACUCAUAACAGCAGGAAGAGCAAGCAACUCGUGCCCCUGGCCUGGAUGCCUCCUAAGGGUUACAAUGGCACGGUGUUCUUCAAGGGGACAGUAGUGACGUCCUACACCACAUAUUGGACAGACAUCGCCUCCACUCCUUUCAAAGUAGUGUCAGUGUAACAGACCAGCACUAUAUGACCUCCCUGCGGUGCCCCAUUCCAUGGAUUUCCCAGAUGACGCAAUCAUCCUCCUGGCCGGGCGCGAUCCUUCGUCUUGGGUCAUGCUGACAUAUUGUAUGAUUUGAAUAGUUGUAGAGGUACCAUUGCUUUUAAUGUUAUUUUUGUUGUUUUUGUUACUGUUAUUAUCAUUACAAUAAUAAUAAUAAUAAUAAUAACAAUAAUAAUAAUAAUAAUA